UUUCCGGGUCAGCUGUGUGUUGUCCCCUCACGCGGCCAGAACUCAAACAGUAACAGUCGUCAGUUCACCACAUUAACAUUAAUAUUUGGAUAUGAGGUCCCCGUGUUGAGGAAACCACAGGAGGAUCAUGAAGAACAGAGGUGGAGGCUGUGUGGACAGUCGGCUCAGACAGAGAGUGGAGCAGUAUCUGGCGUCCACUAAUCGAGAGUAUGUGGACCUUUCAGCUACUGCCCUGGAGCUUCAAAGACAGUACAGAAUGGAGUACGGCAGAAGAAACAAGACGGCAUUCAGGAUCCAAGUAGAGAAAGUGUAUGACGCCAUCAUGAACGAGUCUGGACUCAACGACAUUGAGAGCAAACACUUGGCUAAGAGAGCCAGGCACAGCAACAAUGGCGCUGGUGAUGGCAGCAGCUCGGAGUCGUCUGACAGUGACGACCAGAUUCUGGAGACCACGCCCACCAACCUCAUGAACAGCUCGCUUACAUCUCUGUACCGGAAGGGACCGCCUGACUCCAGCACCUGCUCAGCCCGAAGAGAUCAGCCUGCUGCCAGCUGCCCUGCAGGCAUCACUGACCCCCCUCCCGGUGCAGAGACGCUGGUUUCCCCAGGAGGAUGGUUCAUUGAUAGAACCGGAGGCCCUGACAAGAACAGAGUACUGAUCGAUCUUUGUGAAGAGGAGCCGGAUAAUACAGCACUAAAUACAGAUGUAUCCAUCCAGGGGUCUGUGAAAUCUCUCAAAAAGACCAAACGAAGGAAAAAGGUCUCCACUGAAACUGCAGACCCUGAUACUGUGACCAAAAAAGCUAAAUCAAAGUCAACAGAGCUGCAGUACCCGACUCUGAAGUUUGAAGACGUGGGAGGAAAUGAAGACACGUUAGCGGAGGUGUGUAAGCUGCUAAUUCACAUCCGUCACCCAGAGGUGUACCAGCAGCUUGGGAUGGUUCCUCCAAGGGGCUUCCUGCUCCAUGGACCUCCUGGCUGUGGGAAGACCCUGCUAGCCCAGGCUGUAGCCGGGGAGCUGCAGCUGCCCAUGUUGAAGGUGUCCGCUCCGGAGCUGGUGUCUGGAGUGUCGGGGGAGUCUGAACAGAAGCUCAGAGAGCUGUUUGACCAGGCUGUGAGCUCUGCCCCGUGUAUCCUGUUCAUAGAUGAGAUCGAUGCCAUCACCCCAAAGAGAGAGAUGGCCUCUAAAGACAUGGAGAGGAGGAUUGUUGCCCAGCUGCUCACCUGCAUGGAUGACUUGAACAGUUUGACGGUGACGGCUCAGGUCCUGGUCAUUGGUGCCACCAACAGGCCGGACUCUCUGGACCCUGCCCUUCGCAGAGCAGGACGCUUCGACAGAGAGAUCUGUCUGGGUAUCCCUGAUGAAGCAGCGCGUCUCAGGAUCCUAAAGACGUUGUGCAGGAAGCUGAAGCUGCCGGAGGAUUUUGACUUCCAGCAGCUGGCUCGCCUCACUCCAGGCUACGUGGGCGCAGACCUCAUGGCUCUGUGUCGUGAAGCUGCAAUGACUGCUGUAAACAGGGUUCUGCUGAGAAGGAAGCCACAGAGCUGUGACCAGGGAUCAUCUGAAGAGCUGAUAACAAGCGAAGUUCAGACUGAGGCUGCUGUGAUGGACGAACAAGUCGGAGAACAACAGACGACAGAGACAAACACAGAGCCCCAGGAAGACUCCACACAGAAGGACCUGCAGCAGGGGGAGCUGUGGAACCUACUGUACCUGUUGAAGAACUCACAGGAGUUGUCAGAGGAAGAGCUAGCUGGCCUAACUAUCCUCAUGACGGACUUCCAUCUCUCUCUAGCCAGCGUCCAGCCUUCGGCCAAGAGGGAGGGCUUCGCCACUGUGCCCGAUGUCACUUGGGAGGAUGUGGGAGCCCUGCAGGAUAUCCGAGAGGAGCUCACCAUGGCCAUACUGGCUCCUGUGCGUUCUCCAGAGCAGUUCAAAGCUCUGGGGCUCAGUGCUCCGUCUGGCGUGCUAUUGGCUGGACCUCCAGGAUGUGGAAAAACACUUCUUGCCAAGGCCGUGGCCAACGAGUCGGGCCUCAACUUCAUCUCUGUCAAAGGUCCAGAGCUGCUCAACAUGUAUGUGGGAGAGAGUGAGCGCGCCGUCAGACAGGUCUUCCAGAGAGGACGCAACUCUGCUCCUUGUGUCAUUUUCUUUGAUGAGAUCGAUGCUCUGUGUCCACGCCGCUCAGGCCAUGAGUCUGGAGCCAGUGUGAGGGUGGUCAACCAGCUGCUCACAGAGAUGGACGGCCUCGAAACCCGACGACAAGUCUUCAUUAUGGCUGCAACAAACAGACCAGAUAUCAUCGACCCUGCCGUACUGAGGCCGGGUCGUCUGGAUAAAACCUUGUACGUGGGUCUGCCUCCUCCAGCAGACCGCCACGCCAUCCUGCUCACCAUUACUAAGGGAGGGACCAAACCAAAGAUGGAGCAGGACAUAGAUCUACAAGAGGUCGCCUUCGAUGAGCGCUGUGAUUGCUUCACAGGAGCAGACCUGACUGCGUUAGUAAGGGAGGCAUCUGUUAAUGCCCUGAGGGCCUACAUGAAGUCCCAGAACUCCUCGGCCUCCUGUUCUGGUCACACGUUCUCCUCUGGCCCUGUCAUUGAAAUCAGAGUCAGCAAACAAAACUUUGAAGAUGCCUUCAAGAAAGUUCGACCGUCUGUGUCUAAAAAGGACCAGAGAAUGUACGAGCUGCUCAGAGAGUCCCUCACCAGGUGAUCCGAGACCUGAAGAGAAGACAUCCUGGAUUAACUCUGACUUCAUGAGGACAUCAGAUAUGAUCAUGUGUGUUUAACGUUAUCAUGACUGAAUCACUGUACUCACUGUACUGAUGGAUGUUUUAUAAUACAGUAAAGUGUUUAUCCCACACCCUGA